UCCGGACUUUACCGCAGACCGCAGUCACCGUUACCGCAGCAUCCGUCUAAACUGCCUUCAAAUCCAGCCGUACACAGCACUUUUCCUCACUUUCUUCACCUAAUACACCAAACCUUGACGUUCUCCUCCAACACGCCAGUGGUUACCCGCGGGGACCGACCGCUGGACCGAGCGGGAUAAAGCCCUUUCUCUGCGACCAACGGCUUCGCUAUUUCUCAGCAUCGGGUUUCUGCGCCAAGAAAUGAUGUGGACACGAACCGCUGGUGAAAGUGCUCAAUAGUUUGGCUGCGCAAGGAUUCACUGGUCAUGCUUUGCUUCGGAGGGACAAGAAGAGACGCUAAAUAAGAAAGGACGAGAGAUUUGAGAGACGAGAAGUUAGAUAGCAGCCGUUAUCAUGUCUCGCCAUCAAAGCCGAGCCACCAGCCUGGAGGAGAAGGGAGCCACGCCCAUCCACAAGAGCUCCACCCCCUCACACAAGAGCUCCACCCCCACUCACAAGAGCGCCUCCUCUUCCUCUUCAUCUCAGAGAGACAGUCGACAGGAGACGGAUAGUUGGGAAAUCAUCGAGGGACUAAGGAUUGGACAAACUCAUGUGCAGAGGCCAGAGAAACACGAAGGCUUCAUGCUGAAGAAGAGGAAAUGGCCUCUGAAGGGCUGGCACAAGCGGUUUUUCGUUUUAGAUAACGGGAUCCUGAAGUACUCCAAAUCUCCUGUAGAUAUUCAGAAAGGAAAGCUUCAUGGCAGUAUAGAUGUGGGUCUGUCUGUGAUGUCUAUCAAGAAAAGAGCUCGCCGUAUAGAUCUGGACACAGAAGAGCACAUUUACCAUCUGAAGGUGAAGUCUCCAGAUGUUUUUGACAUCUGGGUGUGCAAGCUGCGCCACCAUCGUUUGUUCCGUCAGAACGAGAUUGUUCGCUCUCCUCGGGAUGCCACGUUACGGACCUUCCCUCCGUCUGCCAGCGCAGAGUCACCCCAGAACACCCCUUCCAGCGCGCACCAAAACAAGCAGGGUAAACCCAGUAGUCUGCCCUGGCAGCUGCCACCAUCCUGUAGUAAUGGACAGAGUAAAGUGGCAGCCUGGUUAAAAGAGUCAGAGGAGAUGGAUAAAUGUGCAGAAGAACUUGCCUACUGCCAGUCUAGUCUUUUAGAAUUGAGCCAACUGCUGCAAAGUCUAGAGAUCUUACAAAGGACACAGUCAGCUCCUAACUUCACCGACAUGCAGAGUAACUGUGUAGAUUUGACAAAGAAAGAAAAGCGAGGCAGCAGAAGAUGGAGGACUAAAAGUGUCAGCAAAGAUGCAAAAUUGCAACAGCAGGUCCAGUCACUACCCCAGUCACACAGUGCUAAAGUUCCCCUGAGUGCAAGUAUGUCUCAAGUGCGUCUCCACUCCUCUAAUCCUAACCUAUGUGCGGAGCUGGCUGAUUUUCAAACCCCGGUCACACGUCUGACUGACAGUAUUGACAGCGCCAGCGACUACAUCAAACUGCAGGAAGAUUUCUGCAUAAUUGCACAAAAAGUGCACUCUCUUCUGAAGUCCGCCUUCAACACUGUGGCCAUAGAGAAAGAGAAGAUUAAACAGGUGUUGUUGGAACAGGAGCAGACCGGCCAAUCAAAUCAGAUUGUAACCCUCCGCCGCUCCCUAUCACAGGCCUUGUCCCAGAAUGCUGAGCUGAAGACCCGUCUGAACCGGAUCCACUCCGAGUCGGUUCUGUCCGAUCAGGUCGUCAGUGUGAACAUCAUCAGCAGUCCUGACGAGGCUGGCGAUCCGCUCCACGCGGGCAUCCCUCUCUCUCAGCAGGUGUCCAAUGAGAGCAGGCUCUCCAUGUCAGAGUCUGUGUCGGAGUUCUUCGAUGCUCAAGAGGUGCUUCUGUCCGCCAGUUCAUCAGAGAAUGAGGCCUCUGAUGACGAGUCUUACGUCAGCGAUGUGAGCGAUAACAUUUCAGAGGACAACGCCAGCGUCACAGAUAACGUUUCCAGACAGAUGCCUAAUGGGGAUCUGGCCAGUGGUGCGUUUCGUAACGGCAGACGUACGUGUCUCCCUGCUCCCGCGCCUGACACUUCCAACAUUAACCUCUGGAACAUCCUGAAGAACAACAUCGGGAAAGACCUGUCGAAAGUGUCCAUGCCAGUGGAGCUGAACGAGCCCCUGAACACACUGCAGCACAUGUGUGAGGAGCUGGAGUACACAGAGCUCCUGGAUAAAGCAGCUCAAACCGACGACCCCUAUGAACGCAUGGCAAUCGUUGCAGCGUUUGCAGUUUCAGGAUACUCCUCCACUUAUUACAGAGCGGGCAGUAAACCCUUUAACCCCCUUCUGGGGGAAACAUAUGAAUGUAUCCGUGAGGACAAAGGAUUCUGCUUCUUUUCUGAACAGGUGAGCCAUCAUCCGCCCAUCUCCGCUUGUCACUGUGAGUCACAGAACUUCACCUUCUGGCAAGACGUCAGAUGGAAGAAUAAGUUUUGGGGGAAAUCUAUGGAGAUUCUUCCCAUCGGAACAGUGAAUGUCAUGCUGCCCAGUUAUGGUGAUCACUAUGAGUGGAACAAGGUGACGACGUGCAUCCACAACAUUCUGAGCGGGAGGCGAUGGAUCGAACAUUACGGCGAGGUCACGAUCAGAAACACCCGCAACACUACGUGCAUCUGCAAGCUCACCUUUGUUAAGGGAAACUACUGGAGCUCGAAUGUGAAUGAGGUGCAAGGAUCAGUGAUGGACCAGGAGGGAAAAGUCAUUCACAGGCUGUUUGGGAAAUGGCAUGAGGGUCUAUACUGUGGAGUCCCACCUUCAGCCAAAUGCAUCUGGAGACCAGGGUCUAUGCCUACAGAUUAUGAGCUGUACUACGGCUUCAGCAGGUUUGCUAUAGAGCUCAAUGAGCUCUGCCCUGAGCUGAAGGAGCUGCUGCCACCAACAGAUGCUCGAUUCAGGCCGGACCAGAGGUAUCUGGAGGAAGGAAAUGUCCAGAUGGCAUCAGCUGAGAAACAAAGAAUAGAAGAGCAGCAGAGAAACAGGAGGAAGUGGCUGGAGGAGAACAACAUCAAAUACCAGCCGCGAUUCUUUAAGAAGGUUAUGGACAGCAACCAGAGGGAGAGAUGGGUGUCUAACAACACAUACUGGGAACUGCGCAAGGACCCUGGCUUCCUCAAACUAGAAAACCCUCAGCUGUGGUAGAUCCAGAUACCUGCGCUGAUGACGCCUUCACUGCUGACUGCAGAUGCUUACUAUGCAGAACAGGAGCAGCCUGGGACUUCCCUCUAGAUUUGGAUUUUAUCUCCAGAAGCGGACUGAAGAAAAAAAAAGAAAAGAAACGAACACUCUCUCCUCAUCACUUCGGCAGGCUCCGCCUCCAUAGCCUCCCUCUCCAUAGUAACAGAGAGACGGCGCUGUUGUCAGGGCAGAAGUGAGAGCCGUAGAGCUGUCCACAUGAAGCCGGACGCGCUUCCUGUGAAGUCUUUGCCUUAAGAAGUCGCUUCUCAACAACACCGUUUUACGCUUUUAGUGAAAUUCCCUCAACUUCUAGGUUUAGAUGGACCGAAUUUGCUCUUGGUUACAUUCUGCAUGUGUAGAUGGCAGCUUUCAUCGGCAAUAUGCUACACGAACCCAUCGAUUUAGACAGUUUUAGUGGUAUUUUUGUAAACGAACGAAGGAAGGGAACUGCUUCGGCAGCCGACUCAAUCUGUCCCUCCUCACGUGAUGGUUUUAUAAUCGCGCGCCUCCACCUUUCAAACCCUUCCAAAGAAUCAAGGCUAAAAGAGAGUUCCUGGAGCCAACCUGCAACACUGUGCAGCAAGACCACGAAAGACGCCCCGGGACUCUCAGGCUCCUGUAUCUCUGUAGCUGCAACUGUACAUUAGCGCUCUUAAUUUAAAGCAGACGUUGUGACAUUUACGCUCCUGCAAUUGCACCGAAUCAAAUUCAAGAAAUUGCUCUUUUUCCAAACAGGUUCUACAAGCACUCGCCACCUUCGGAAAAACUAGUCAGUGCCCAGCGAAACUUAUUACAGGUAGUUUUCGCCCCUUGUUUGAGCCAGAAGUCAGCCGCAUUUAAAGGGAUAGUUCACCCAAAAUGAAAAACCUGUUACUUUGCUCUGCUCACCCCAUCAACCCGUAAGACUCCAAACACAGCAUUUCUAAUAAACCUGAGCGGUUUCUGUCUUUCCGUUGACAGCUGGAGUUAACCAAAACUGUAAGUCGUUGUAAAACGAGCUUCCAUGUUUACCAUACUUGAUGUGCUCUGUGUAUAAUAUCACUGUUUAGAUGUAAAUAAAAGUAAAAAAAAAACAAUCAGUUUGUUGGCCAUAUCUCUUCUAAAGAUUAAAAUGCUCGAAAGAUUUAGGACACUUUUUUGGGGGGGAUCUUUUUAAGUUUUGGUCACCUUGACUUUCAAUGUAAGGAAGAAAACCUCUCAGAUUUUGUUAAAAAAUAUCUUCGGUUGUGUUUCAAAAAUUACCCGAAUUCUUACGGGUUUGGAACGAGCGUAUGAUGGCAGAAUUGUCUUUUUUGGGUGAACUGUCCCUUCAAAACGCAGCGGCAGCCAGCGGACAUGUACAACGCGCACGUGUACGCCGUGUUUUCACGACAAGAGCGUCCUCUGCUGGCCUCUCAGUGCUACUGCAUACUACACACUUCAGUGCCCUACACCUCUGUGCAGCGUGUGGAAAGGAAAGCUGACCAUUUCUUGCAGCGUGCUACAUUCUCACAUGACCUCGCUAUAUGUUUAAUUCAGCAAAAUCCAGAUUUCAACUUGGACGAAAAACUUUAGGCUAAAAAAAUCUAGGUUAAUCUGUUGGAAAUGGACAGUGAAGUCGAGCGUGGUGCAUUGUGGGAUACAUCCUUCGGCGUAUACUGCAAAUGCAAAUUUUGAACUGCACCCUGCCAUACUAUUUCUGGCGCACGAAGUAGUAUGAACUCAAAUGAAUCGUCCAGAUAUACUAAAAAAUAUGUCGCUGAAGUAUAGCAUACUGCCAAAUACCGAUUCUGUAUAUACUUAAACAUCAUUUUUAUUUCCUAGAUAAGACUUCUUGAAUUAAACAUACUGAGAUCAAUCAUGUGACAACAUGUAGAAGAAUACAUUUGCACGGUGCAUUAUGUUUGCCGUACUAUUUUAAAACAGGCGGUGUAGUAUGCAGUACGUAGUACACUAGUAUUCUAGUGCAAAGUGGCAUCGUGUUUCUAACUGGACCUCAUUCAUCAAACACAAAAUCAGUCGUAAAAUCGUUCUCGUGUAUUUUGUUGAAUUUGCUUGAUCUGUUUUGCUUUCUUUAAAUUGAGAUCCUAGACAGCUUUAAAGGUUUUUAUUUAAUGUGAGUGGAUUAGAAAAGAAACAGUAGAAUGUCAGUAGAUGUAAAAAGCCAAAAACAGUGUAGUCACAGUGACAGAGAUGAUCUCUGCCAUUAGUAGACCUGUAAGUCACUGUUUGAGUCCUUCACUGUGCCUUAACGCAUAUCAACCAUAUCGACGCACUCUACUGAGCACAGUCCAUCCUCAGCAUCCCUCAUCUUCUGCACACUGACGCACUUUCCUCCAGAGAGCCCAAACACACUUCAAAACACCGCCUGACGGACACAAACAAGGAAGCCUGCGUCUACAAAACCGCAUACCGAGUUCUCAUACUGCAGAUAAUUACGUUUUUGGAGACGUCUUCGUCCACACACCGAGAGCUGACCCGUUUCUGAAGCGUACAGGGAAGAUGAUUUCAGACGCAUCUAGCCUAAGACGAGAAGAUAGAGCAGGUGGAGCUCCUCGUGGGGAAAGGCGCCGUAGUGAGCGCAUCCGCCGUUAGUUUCUCACCACUGCAUGAAAACACGUCACAGCCUGCCAAUGAUCUCCGAUGCCUUAUCGAAAUGUCCGUUUAAUUUCUGCCUCGUCAGAUCCUCACCGAGACGCCCUGCACCGUGUGCGGGGGUUUUAUUCAUGUGUUCAGCUGAAGAAGUGCAAUUGUACGACGACAUCUCUCUCUCUGUUCGCAGCUGCUCCAGCGCUCCACUGCUGUGCGACUCCCGACGUGUCAUUAGGACACUCUCCAGACCCGCUGUCUCACCUUUAAAUUCAUAGUAAGAAAUACAUAUUUAUGUUCGAAGUCA